UCGUCGGAGCAGACGGGAGUUUCUCCUCGGGGUCGGAGCAGGAGGCACGCGGAGUGUGAGGCCACGCAUGAGCGGACGCUAACCCCCACCCCAGCCGCAAAGAGUCUACAUGUCUAGGGUCUAGACAUGUUCAGCUUUGUGGACCUCCGGCUCCUGCUCCUCUUAGCGGCCACCGCCCUCCUGACGCACGGCCAAGAGGAGGGCCAAGAAGAAGAAGACAUCCCACCAGUCACCUGCGUACAGAACGGCCUCAGGUACUAUGACCGAGAUGUUUGGAAACCCGAGGCCUGCCGGAUCUGUGUCUGCGACAACGGCAACGUGUUGUGCGAUGACGUGAUCUGCGACGAAACCAAGAACUGCCCCGGCGCUCAUGUCCCCCCGGGCGAGUGCUGCCCCGUCUGCCCCGACGGCGAGGCGUCACCUACCGGCCAAGAAACCACAGGAGUCGAGGGACCCAAAGGAGAUACUGGCCCCCGAGGCCCAAGGGGACCUGCCGGCCCCCCUGGCCGCGACGGCAUCCCUGGACAGCCUGGACUUCCUGGACCCCCCGGCCCUCCCGGACCCCCCGGACCCCCUGGCCUCGGAGGAAACUUUGCUCCCCAAAUGUCUUACGGCUACGAUGAGAAGUCAACUGGAGGAAUCUCUGUGCCUGGCCCCAUGGGUCCUUCUGGUCCUCGUGGUCUCCCUGGUCCCCCUGGUGCACCUGGUCCCCAAGGUUUCCAAGGCCCCCCUGGUGAGCCCGGCGAGCCUGGAGCUUCAGGUCCCAUGGGUCCCCGUGGUCCCCCUGGUCCCCCUGGCAAGAACGGAGAUGACGGUGAAGCUGGAAAGCCUGGUCGUCCUGGUGAGCGUGGGCCUCCUGGACCUCAGGGUGCCCGGGGAUUGCCUGGAACUGCUGGCCUUCCUGGAAUGAAGGGACACAGAGGUUUCAGUGGUUUGGAUGGUGCCAAGGGAGAUGCUGGUCCUGCUGGUCCCAAGGGUGAGCCUGGUAGCCCCGGUGAAAAUGGAGCUCCUGGCCAGAUGGGUCCCCGUGGUCUGCCUGGUGAGAGAGGACGCCCCGGAGCCCCUGGCCCUGCUGGUGCUCGUGGAAAUGACGGUGCUACCGGUGCCGCCGGCCCCCCUGGUCCCACUGGCCCCGCUGGUCCUCCCGGCUUCCCUGGUGCUGUUGGUGCUAAGGGUGAAGCUGGUCCCAGCGGCCCCGCUGGUCCCACUGGAGCUCGUGGCGCCCCCGGAGACCGUGGUGAGCCUGGUCCCCCCGGCCCUGCUGGCUUCGCUGGCCCCCCUGGUGCUGAUGGCCAACCCGGUGCUAAAGGCGAGCCCGGAGACGCUGGUGCUAAAGGCGAUGCUGGUCCCCCUGGUCCCGCUGGCCCCACUGGACCCCCCGGCCCCAUUGGCAACGUUGGUGCUCCUGGACCCAAAGGUGCUCGAGGCAGUGCCGGUCCCCCUGGUGCUACUGGUUUCCCUGGUGCUGCUGGCCGAGUCGGUCCUCCCGGCCCCUCUGGAAACGCUGGACCCCCUGGCCCUCCCGGCCCUGUCGGCAAAGAAGGUGGCAAAGGCCCCCGCGGUGAGACUGGCCCCGCUGGGCGUCCCGGGGAAGUCGGUCCCCCUGGUCCCCCCGGCCCUGCCGGUGAGAAAGGAUCUCCUGGUGCUGAUGGACCUGCUGGUGCUCCCGGCACUCCCGGACCUCAAGGCAUUGCUGGACAGCGUGGUGUGGUUGGCCUGCCCGGUCAGCGAGGAGAAAGAGGCUUCCCUGGUCUUCCCGGCCCCUCUGGUGAACCUGGAAAACAAGGUCCUUCUGGACCAAGUGGUGAACGUGGCCCCCCUGGUCCCAUGGGCCCCCCUGGAUUGGCUGGACCCCCUGGCGAGUCUGGACGUGAGGGAUCUCCUGGUGCUGAAGGCUCCCCUGGACGAGAUGGUUCUCCCGGCCCCAAGGGUGACCGUGGUGAGACCGGCCCUGCUGGCCCCCCUGGUGCUCCUGGCGCUCCUGGUGCCCCUGGUCCCGUCGGCCCCGCUGGCAAGAAUGGCGACCGCGGUGAGACUGGUCCCGCUGGUCCCGCCGGCCCCAUCGGCCCCGUCGGUGCUCGUGGUCCCGCUGGACCCCAAGGCCCCCGUGGUGACAAGGGUGAGACAGGCGAACAGGGUGACAGAGGCAUAAAGGGUCACCGUGGCUUCUCCGGUCUCCAGGGUCCCCCUGGCCCUCCCGGCUCUCCUGGUGAACAAGGUCCUUCCGGAGCUUCUGGUCCUGCUGGUCCCCGAGGUCCCCCCGGCGCUGCUGGCUCUCCUGGCAAAGAUGGACUCAACGGUCUCCCAGGCCCCAUCGGCCCCCCUGGUCCUCGUGGUCGCACUGGUGACGCUGGCCCUGUUGGUCCCCCCGGCCCUCCUGGACCCCCCGGUCCUCCCGGUCCUCCCAGCGGUGGUUUCGACUUCAGCUUCCUGCCCCAGCCACCUCAAGAGAAGGCUCACGAUGGCGGCCGCUACUACCGGGCCGAUGAUGCCAACGUGGUCCGUGACCGUGACCUCGAGGUGGACACCACCCUCAAGAGCCUGAGCCAGCAGAUCGAGAACAUCCGGAGCCCCGAAGGCAGCCGCAAGAACCCUGCCCGCACCUGCCGCGACCUCAAGAUGUGCCACUCCGACUGGAAGAGCGGAGAAUACUGGAUCGAUCCCAACCAAGGCUGCAACCUGGAUGCCAUCAAGGUCUUCUGCAACAUGGAGACAGGUGAGACCUGCGUGUACCCCACUCAGCCCCACGUGGCCCAGAAGAACUGGUACAUCAGCAAGAACCCCAAGGACAAGAGGCACGUCUGGUAUGGCGAGAGCAUGACCGACGGAUUCCAGUUCGAGUAUGGUGGCCAGGGCUCCGAUCCCGCCGAUGUGGCCAUCCAGCUGACGUUCCUGCGCCUGAUGUCCACCGAGGCAUCCCAGAACAUCACCUACCACUGCAAGAACAGCGUGGCCUACAUGGACCAGCAGACUGGCAACCUCAAGAAGGCCCUGCUCCUCCAGGGCUCCAACGAGAUCGAGAUCCGGGCCGAGGGCAACAGCCGCUUCACCUACAGCGUCACCUACGACGGCUGCACGAGUCACACCGGAAACUGGGGCAAGACAGUGAUCGAAUACAAAACCACCAAGACCUCCCGCUUGCCCAUCAUCGAUGUGGCCCCAUUGGACGUUGGCGCCCCAGACCAGGAAUUCGGCAUCGACAUUGGCCCUGCCUGCUUCCUGUAAACUCCCUCCCACCCAACCUGGCUCCCUCCCACCCAACCCACUCGCCCCUGACCCUGGAAACAGACAAACAACCCAAACUGAACCCCCCAAAAAGCCAAAAAAUGGGAGACAAUUUCACAUGGACUUUGGAAAAUAUUUUUUUCCUUUGCAUUCAUCUCUCCAACUUAGUUUUUAUCUUUGACCAACCGAACAUGACCAAAAACCAAAAAGCACAUUCAACCUUACCAAAAAAAAAAAAAAAAAAAAAAA